GUAUGGAGGAUUUGAUCGAUCUUGGAAGGAUGAGAAAAGUACUCCUCCAAAUAAAAAAAUAAAUGUAAUAAAAUUAUCGUCAUUAUUAAACGGUCCAAGUUCACAUAAACUUGUUAUUACUAUGAGUGCAAGUAUACCCAUUACUACAAGUGCAAUAGAUCGAUUCAUUACUCUAAAAAUUAUCUGCUUUUGA